AUGGAUAAUCAAGCUAGAACUUUACUUACUCAAAAUGGAUUUGAUUUAUCAUUAUCACCGCGCCUCAAGCCACUUUUGAUUAUCCAUCAUUCACUCAUAAAUUUGGAGUUGAUAACUUGGCUUAUUCGAUUUUCGAAUAACUUAUUGGAGAAAUUAUCAACAAUUGGACAAUUUAAUUCACUUAAAGAACUUUAUAUGGAAGAUUUUGAAGAAUUAUAUAAUUCAAAUUGUUUAAUUUUUGCUUCAUAUUACUCAAUUAAAUUAACUUUACUAAAUUUAAGUCUUGAACAGAUAAUAGCAACAUUUAAUAAUAAUUUUAAUGAAUUAAGGCAAUUUUCAUUUAUUUAUGAAAAAGAAUUGGAUGCUAAUGAAUUAUUAUGUCAAAUGGCCAAAAAUAUACCAGAAUCACUUGAAACUAUUUGGAUUUGA